GCGGCGGCGGCGGCGGCGGCGAGGGGCCCUGGCAGCUGCGCGGGGACAGAAUUAAAAUACUCAAGAUUUGCCAAAAGGGUUCUGAGAACCAUGAGCUUGCUUCAUCGUGAGGCCUCUGUGCAUCGUUCUUAACAAUGGGACCUUACCUUGAUGAGUCGUCACAUACGUUCACCUGGGUUUUGGCCUAAUUUGUAAGUUUUGUGUGAUUUCAAGGAGGCGUGGGAGAAGAGCUCCGUGUUUCUAUCCAACUAGUCAACGUUGCAUCGUCAAGGGAAAAGGAAGGUGUGUUGGAGCUGAUCAAGGGCGGAGAUGGUUAAUUCUAAAGGAAAGAUCACUGACUCAGAUCCUGUAUCCGAUCAUCUGUUACUAAAUGGACUUGCGGAUAAGGCAGAGAAAAAUCAGGAAACGGGACUCAAGAAGAGCCUAUGUAGCCAGUACGAAGAGAAAGUGCGCCCCUGCAUUGACCUCAUCGACUCCCUUCGUGCCCUGGGUGUGGAGCAGGACCUGGCCCUGCCUGCCAUCGCUGUCAUCGGAGACCAGAGCUCGGGCAAGAGCUCAGUGCUGGAGGCCCUGUCAGGGGUCGCCCUUCCCAGAGGCAGCGGUAUUGUCACAAGGUGUCCUCUGGUGCUGAAGCUGAAGAAGCUCAUGAAUCAGGAUGAAUGGAGAGGCAAAGUCAGCUACCAGGACUUUGAGACGGAGAUUUCAGACCCUUCGGAGGUGGAGGAGGCAAUCAAUACAGCCCAGAAUGCCAUCGCCGGGGAAGGACUGGGGAUCAGUCAUGAGCUAAUCAACCUGGAGGUCAGCUCCCCUCAUGUCCCGGAUCUGACCCUGAUAGACCUCCCUGGCAUCACCAGGGUGGCUGUGGGCAAUCAGCCGGCCGACAUCGGACGCCAGACCAAGCAACUCAUCAGGAAGUACAUCGUUAAGCAGGAGACAAUCAACCUAGUGGUGGUCCCUUGCAAUGUGGACAUCGCCACCACAGAGGCACUGAGCAUGGCUCAGGAGGUGGACCCCGAUGGAGACAGGACCAUAGGCAUCUUGACAAAGCCUGACCUGGUGGACAGAGGCACCGAGGACAAGGUGGUCGAUGUGGCACAAAACCUCGUCUGUCACCUGAAGAAGGGCUACAUGGUCGUCAAGUGCCGGGGCCAGCAGGACAUCCAGGACCAGCUGAGCCUGGCCGAGGCUCUGGAGAAAGAGAGAGUCUUCUUUGAGGACCACCCGCAUUUCAGGGUUCUCCUGGAGGAAGGAAGGGCCACCGUGCCCUGUCUGGCGGACAGACUGACCACUGAACUCAUCAUGCACAUUUGCAAAUCUCUGCCCCUGCUAGAGAAUCAAAUAAAGGAGAAUCAUGAGAAAAUAACAGAGGAAUUACAAAAGUAUGGCUCAGAUGUACCAGAAGACGAACACGAAAAAAUGUUUUUUCUGAUAGAUAAAAUCAAUGCGUUUAAUCAUGACAUCACCUCUUUAAUACAAGGGGAGGAGUCUGUGGGGGAGGGUGAGAGUCGGCUGUUCACCAAAAUCAGACAUGAAUUCCACAAGUGGAGCACCGUGAUUGAAAAGAAGUUCCAGAAAGGGUACAAAGCGAUAUAUAAAGAAAUUGAGAAAUUUGAAAAUCGGUAUCGGGGCAGAGAGCUGCCGGGAUUUGUCAAUUACAAGACGUUUGAGAUUAUUAUCAAACAGCAAAUCAGAGAGCUGGAGGAGCCAGCUGUCGACAUGCUGCGCACGGUAACCGAUAUGGUCCAGCUUGCCUUUGCAAAUAUUUCGAAAGGAAACUUUGAUGAAUUUUUCAACCUCUACAGAACAACCAAGUCCAAAAUCGAAGACAUUAAGUUUGAACUGGAAAACGAAGCGGAGAAGUCGAUUCGACUUCACUUCCAAAUGGAGCAGAUUGUCUACUGUCAGGACCAGAUCUACCAGCAGGCGCUGCAGAGGGUCAGGGAGAGGGUUUCGGAGGAGGAGAAGAGGAAUAAAAAAACAAACAGUCCGAUCUCUGAAGAAGUUUCUUCAGGGAGCGUCUCCUUGUGUGAAAUCUUUGAGCACCUGCUGGCCUACCGCCAGGAGGCCGCCAACCGUAUCUCCAGCCACAUCCCCCUGAUCAUCCAGUACUUCAUCCUGCAAGUGUACGGCCAGCGGCUGCAGAAGAAUAUGCUGCAGCUGCUGCAGGACAAGGAGACCUACAGCUGGCUCCUGAAGGAGCGCAGCGACACCAGCGACAAGAGGAAGUUCCUGAAGGAGCGGCUCGCGCGGCUGGCCCAGGCUCGGCGCCGCCUGGCCAAGUUCCCCGGUUAAGUCCAGCUCCCUGUCCCGCCCGCAUCUCCAGGACCCGCCUCCAGCCCCGCCCCAGCCCCGCCCCCAGACCACGGACGCGUGGGGGAGCCCCGCCCCCAGCCCCAGAAGCCUGGGGGGACCCGCCCUCAGCACCCGGACUCGUGGGGGGAGCCCCGCCCUCAGCCCCGCCCCAGCCCCGGACGUGUUGGGGGAGGGGGGAAACCCGCCCUGAGCCCCGCCCCAGCCCCUGACGCGUGGGAGGACCCGCUGUCAGCCCCGCCCUCAGCCCCGCCCCAGCCCCGCCCUCAGCCCCCGGACGCGUGGGGUGGGGGGAAACCCACCCUCAGCCCCGCCCCCAGCCCCGGACGCGUGGGGAGAGCCCCACCCCCCGGCCCCGCCCUCGGCCCCGCCCCAGCCCCGGACGCGUGGGAGGACCCGCUAUCAGCCCCGCCCUCAGCCCCGCCCCAGCCCCGCCCCAGCCCCGGACACGUGGGAGGACCCGCUCUCAGCCCCGCCCCCAGCCCCCGGACGCGUGGAGGGACCCGCCCUCAGCUCCGCCCUCUCCCCGCUGGCCCAUUUCACAGGCACGAGGGGUUCCUAGCCAGUCUUUCCUGGCACCGUCUGUGGUCUGUGCUUGUCCCUCGAGGGCAGGGACCUGGUGAGAAGACUUAGGUCAGGAUUAAGAGGAACGAGAGUUAGACUGGGUGGACGCCGCCGCCUCCCUGGUUAGGAGAAACCAGUUUCCACCUCGGGACUGUCCCUCCGGACCCCUCUCCCUCUCCCGCCGGAGAUCAGCGCAUGGGGAACACCCUAGAAGGCCUAGUUCCUGCUUUGUGCCACUUGCUGUCACGCGCCUGAUGUUUCUGGAGCAUUGGUGCUGUGUGCGUGUGCCUAGAGGCUGCAUUUCGCUGAUGUGGAAUAAACCCGUUUCUAGCGACGCCGCUGCGACCCCGUAUUUUCAGGGGCCGUCCGAGAAUUUGUACACGACGGAGGCUGCCGGGAGCAUGAAGGGCGUUCGGCGGGGUCCCCCCAGCACGCGCUGUGGCGCGGCGCCUUACCCCUCUUGUCAGCCCCACACCUGAGGGGUGGCUCACAGCCGCUCAGGCUUGCAGGGCGCAGUUUCCCUGGGGCCGAAAGGAAACACCCCAGCAAUACGCACAGGCUUUUGUAGAGCGAAGGCCGGCGCGCGGUGCGGGCGCUCCGAGUCCAGCACGAGGCGUGUGCCCCUUGCGCAGAGGGGAUGCGGGCGGCUUCUCACGGGGGUGCCGGGAGCCACCGCAGCAAUCCCCGGCUGGAGCUGGCGGUCACUUUCACUUUGGCCCCAGACAGCAGGUGUCUAGGGCUCCCCCAGGCUUGUCCUAGGCCGCCACCAACAAGGGGGAAGUGUACGGUCCCUUCUCCCGUGUGUUCAGGACCCAGGGAGAGAGAGCCCUGGAGUCCACUUUGGGUCACUUCUUUGCUCCGAGGGCAGCCAGCCUCAGACAAAGGAUUCACGUGCCUCCGCAAUCUCCCCUCCGCCAUCCCUGCCCCACCCAUGAGGGACACUGCCAGGAUUAGAGCCUGCGUGCCUCUCCAGAUUCUGCUGCCCACCCUAGAGCACUAGUAGGAAGGUCCAUCCGUCUGUGAAGACUAUGCUAGAAUAUCCGUGAUGCCCACUCCCGAACCCUUUACGUUCGGUACAUCUGGGGCUCUGCUGAGCCCACAGGACGGCACCGAGUCUGGAGCAGAGCAAGGAGAGGGGCCACAUAGAGCGGACUGACAUAGAAAGCCUGGGUUUUCCAGAACACAGGGUCUGAUGUGCUGUCGGUGCUUAAUAAAUGCUAUGAGAGGGAGCGGGGCACGGGACACGCUGGGCAUUUGUUCAAACGGCUUUCUGGAUUCGUGACUAUCUUCUAAGAUGCUUCAGAGCACCUGUUUUGUUUUGUUUUGUUUUGAAGUUUAUUUUGAGAGAGAGCGAGCGCACACAAGUGGGCUCAUAAGCGGGGGAGGCAUAGAGAGAGGAGAAGAGAGAGACUCCCAAGCAGGCUGCCCGCUGUCAGCACAGCAGCCCCAAACUCCCAAACUGUGAGCUUGUUCUGGUCUCACGGAGUCGAAGCACGAGUCCCGCAGACGACAGAGAGUGAGCAGAGUGGCAGAGUGUAAUGCGAGAAAGCACGAAGCUCUCAAGAGGGAGAGGGGUCCCGACUGGGUAGCCGCCGAGCAUUUCUGUCCCUUUUUAUGGGGACCUGAUCAGGAAGUCCGUGAGGCUCCAGGCGGGGCUGGAAUACCUUUCUCCUGUUGUCCCUCUCAAACCCCGCUGCCGCUCUAGCCUUCCACCUGCAGCUGCCCACGGCCUCUCCCUCACCUCCCCCUGCCUAAUGUUCACCCUUUCCCCACUCAAGGUCACCACCCGAGCUGAAGUCAAGAGUCAGACGCUUAACCGACUGAGCCCCCCUGGGCGCCCCCUGAGCACCUGCCGUUAUAUUGUCCUCGAGGAAAGGCAGACAAAACAAUCAGGCACCCAGAGAAUUCCCCCAAACGUCAGGUUUUGUUUCAGAGGAAAGGAAUCCAGGCGGCGAAUGUUGCACCAGGUCGCAGGGAAUGAGGCACACAGCGCGGCUUCCGUCAGACCUGUUCUGUUUCUCCAGGGAAGAAAGGUCCAAGCGGUUCUGUGGGAUUUCGGUUGGUUAUAAGAUGCAUCUCUGUAGUCCCAGUGACUGUCUGACGAACACCAUUGAUGGGGGUGGUUCGUUAAACAUGGGGCAGCUGGUACAUCAGUGAAUCUUUAAAUGUCACUUUAUUCUAGCACUUCUCUUAAAACGCUGGGGAAGGGGAAGCCUCGAUCAGAAGGGGAAGAGACUCUGAAAUCGGAGUGGGGGCAAGGAAGCCACAGGGGGACAGAGGAAGAGCUGGGAGCAGACCCGGAACCUGGGUUCGAGGCAGGACUGUCCCCCAUUGACAACUCAGCCAGGCACAAAUCGAGGCGGAUACAUGCUUCUACAAUUUAUUUUAAUGCUUGUUUAUUUUUGAGAGAGAGAGAGAGAGUCAGAGCACGAGUCGUGGAGCGGCAGAGAGAGAGGGAGACACAGAAUCCGAAGCGGGCUCCAGGCUCCGAGCCGUCAGCACAGAGCCCGACGCGGGGCUGGAACUCAUAACUGUGAGAUCAUGAACUGAGUGGAAGUCAGACGCUUAACUGACUGAGCCACCCAGGAGCCCCUGGAGGGCACAUGUUUCAGUGCUGGAAACCCACCCACUGACCCAGUGGCAAGGAGAGACACAAAUCAGCACAAAUGAUUCACUUUUAUUAAUACGUGUGUUUUCCCUUUAAUGAUGAGUGUUUGGGGUUCAUUUAUAUCAAGCAAAUUAACUUACAUCUUUUAUAAAGCCUUUAAUCCAAAAAUAUCAAUAUUUCCCUAGCUCCAGCGUCCUGGCUAGAUCUUUGAGGUACAAUCAGCCUCAUCCAAAGGCCACUCACCCGGCGACUCUAGCGUGAAAAAUACAACUGAAGAUUGUCAACUGCCUUGGCCCAUGUGGACUUUCUAGGUAUACGGUUCACUGCUCUUCGCAGAUCCUUUAUUUCUGAGUCCCCCUACCUGCUAACAUUUAUUCGUAAUUCCAAAACCAGCAUUCACGGCGCUAUGGCGGCCAGGCGUGCGGGGUGGCAAAAAAAGGGGAGGUGGCUCACCAAGGACACACAGCGGGGUCCUCUGUCUCGUUUCAGCUCUCGCUGUCAAUAAAUGUCCUUUUGUGAUCUGGUU